AUGCCCACACAAGUCAUGCUCCCCCACACCUUCGCCGAAAUGCUAAAUAUAACCCCCUGGGUAGAGUGUCGAUGUCUAGGGUUUAACAUUUCCCGUCUCCGCCACUGCAAAAACAGAAUCAGUCCCGCCUCCCGCGCACAAGCCCUGAAAUUACUCAAUCUGGUUACGGAACAUUUCAACCAGGGUCGCGAUAUCAGGAGUCUCUUGACAGAUUUGGCUUCUAUGCUCCUGUGUAUAGAAUCCCAUCAGUCCCAGGUGCGCCGACUGGCCAACAAGUGGGAUUUCCAGGCGUGGAGGUACUGGGUUGGUCGACGUGAUUCGACGACUACUAAUGAUAUGGGAAACAGUGAGAAUAGGUCUGUGCAGGGGCAACAGGGAGCUGAAGCUAGAGCUCUCCGCUCGGACGUUAUGCGUGGGCCGAUGCAGCCGAUGGAGCAGACACAGCAAGCGCCUGCGGAGGAGAGGCGUCCACAGCGACAGCCUCCAGGACAAUGUAUCCCUGCUCGGUGUUGGGUGGAGCCGGCCAAUCGUGGGAAUGAGACAUUAGUGCGCUCGAGCUCGGGCUUGGGUCAGGCUGCUGGGGUCACGAAUACGAGUGUUGUCCCAGGGAUGGUGGCGCCGAGGGUGGUUGAUGGCGAGUGUGGGAUUUGUCUGUUAGGGUUUCUUGUUGACGUGACUGGUGGUUCGGCCAGGGAGUACACUGCGGCUGAGAAGAAGCUUUACGAGACAAGAUAUGAUUAUCGGCGGUGGGUGUGGUGUAGGCACCACUGUGGCACGAAUUAUCAUCGAGAUUGUAUGGAUCGGUGGAUUAUGGUGUCUGGUUUUAUGUACCCGAAAUGUCCGACUUGUAGCCAAUUUUGGCUCUAUUGA